UGCAGGAGAGGAGACGUCUCUCUGUUUCUCUCUGAAGACUAAUUCAACUGAAGACAAACACUGGUUGUAGAAAUGGCUGCUGCCAGCUGUCUGCUGACUGAAGAUCAGUUCCUGUGCUCCAUCUGUCUGGAUGUCUUCACUGAUCCCGUCAGCACACCAUGUGGACACAACUUCUGUCAAAACUGCAUCACUGUACACUGGGAUAGUAAUGUCUCACAUCGGUGCCCCAACUGUAAUGAGAGGUUCUCCACCAGACCACAGCUGAAGAUCAACACUGUCCUCAAGGAGAUGGCUGCUCAGUUCAGACAGUCAGCUCAGCAGAAACCCAGCAGCAGCAGCUCAGAGAGACAAGUUUCCAAACCAGGAGGAGUUCCCUGUGACAUCUGCACUGGAACCAAACUGAAGGCCCUGAAGUCCUGCCUGGUGUGUCUGGCUUCUUACUGUGAGACUCACCUGGAGCCUCAUCUGACCAAGUCAGGUCUGAAGAGACAUCAGCUGAUCGACCCUGUGGAGAACCUGGAAGACAGGAUGUGUGAGAAGCACGACAAACUGCUGGAGCUGUUCUGUAAGAACGACCAGAGGUGUGUCUGCGUGAUGUGCACCUAUUCAGACCACAAGACUCAUGAUGUUGUUCCUCUGAAAGAAGAAUAUGAAGGGAAGAAGGCCGAGCUGGGGAAGACAGAGGCUGAAAUUCAGCAGAUGAUCAAGAAGAGACGAGUGAAGAUUGAAGAGCUCAAACACUCAGUGGAGCUCAGUGAUGAGAACGCAGACAGAGAGAUAGCAGAAGGUGUUAGAGUCUUCAGCACUCUGAAAGAAUCUGUAGAGAGACGCCAGGCUGAGCUCAUCAACAGCAUCAAAGAGAAGCAGAGAGAGACGGAGAAACAGGCUGAAGGCUUCAUCAGAGAGCUGGAACAGGAAAUCUCUGAGCUGGAGAAGAGAAGUGCUGAGGUGGAGCAGCUCUCACGCUCUGAAGACCACCUCCAACUCCUCCAGAACUUCACGUCUCUGAACGCUGCUCCACCCACCAAGGACUGGACUGAAGUCAGAGUCCAUCCACCUUCAUAUGAGGGGACUGUGGUGAGAGCUGUGAAGCAGCUGGAGGAGACCAUCAGUGAACAGAUGAAGAAGCUGUUUGUGGCCAAGCCGAGGAGAGUCCAGCAACUUGAGCCAAACAACCUGGACCCGGAGAUGAAGAACCUCUUUGACAUCUGUGGCAUCACUGAGGCUCAGCUAAAGGACCGAGAGACGUCUAAGGUCAUCAACAACUUCAUCCAGAAGAAGGGAGGCGUGGAGGCGGUCAAGAACGAGUUCAGGAAGUAGGUUCCCCCUCCAAUUCCAUCUCAUGGCAGUGCCCCUCCUCCUCCACCACUCCACAGAGAAAGCCGUGGAAAAUCUUGUCCUCCUCCUCCGUCCAAAGACCUUGGAGCUCCUCUUCCUCCUCCUCCGUCCAGAGCUCCUGCCUCAGCUCCUCGCCCUCCUCCUCCAUCAAGAAGAAAACCUCUAGGAGCCCCGCUGCCUCCUCCCCCUCCUCCAAAAGGAGGAGGUCACUAGCCUUCUUCUCCUCCCCACCAUCACCGCCAGCCUCCCCCUCCUCCUCCCACUCUACUGUAGCUCCUCAAGCCCCGCCUCCUCCACCAGCACACCAGUCUCCCAUCAACAGUGGUGCUCCUGCUCCACCUCCCUAACCUCCACCUCCCCCUCCCGGCCCUUCUCCUCCUCCAGAGCUGGACGGCAUCAGAGGAGAAAGAGACUCUCCUUACUCACCUCCAGAAUUCCAGAGUUGUCCCCCUUUUGCAGCUAUAACAGUCUCCACUCUUCUUGGAAGGCUUUCCGCAAGAUUCUGGAGUGAUUCUGUGGGGACUUGUGUCCAUUCAUUCUGUAGAGCAUUU